UCUGACUAUGUCUUUGUUGCUGCUGGUGCAGCAAGGUUUAAUUUAAUGUGCACAUAGCACCAUGGCCGUGAUCACAGCAGCUUCUUACUCAGAUCUUGGAUUGUUGUCAUGGUAACUUCUAUUUGUUCCAUAAUUGGGCGGAUGGAUGAUAGAGAACGUCACUUUUAUAUCAGCAAAACAAAGGGAAAAAGAGUCAUAACCAGAUUCAAAAAAUGCUGUUAGAUUUAACUAUGAAUAACAACUUUUGGUAUUAAUCCCACGUUUGCAUGACAGCACACCAACACUGCAUUAAAUAAAGUUUCAUGUGCAACUUUAAAGGGACAAUACUGGGGACAGGUUUUAUUCUUUCAACAAACCAUUUAGCUAUUUAUGGAGAUCCUCAUAAUUUUCUGAUGAAACUAAUUAUCUCAGAAGAAAAAAGGGACAAAAAUGCAGUUUUUCUUUCUUUCUUUUCCACCCAAGACUGAAUGAGAAACCCCGGCCUUGACUCCUAAUGGAAUACAUAACCUCUUGACUUGUGUUAUCAUGGCAUACAGCAAAGUAUGUGAUGUGCAGGGGGGAGCACUUGACGGGGAGGCUCUACACUGCCCUGAGGCUUUGGAUCUUGACUGGAAUCUUGACAAGGAUGGGGUGCAGGAAUCAGGGCCAAGCAUGGACCAUAUGCAGAUGCAGCAUGUUGAAUGUCCAAGAUCAGUUUCAGACCGUGGCCCUGAUCAUGAGGUGAUGGAAUCCGUCCAGCCAUCAAUUUCCCCACAUGGACGCUUCGAAAGACUCCAGGAAGAUCCCAACUACAAUUCCCGCUUCACUAGGGCUCCAGGCCACAAAGAACAAAGACAGCUACAGUGUUUCACUCUCAGAUACCUGCUGGCAGGUUUGGUGCUUUUAGUCCUGGGUUUCCUUGUUGGCUGGUUCACCCACACGUCUUCCAUCAAACCUCGUCUCCCUGCCCCUGAGAGCUCGGACUUGCUCAAAGAACUGCUGGAAGGAAUCAAAGCUGACAAGAUAAAAUCAAUUCAGAGGUCAUUCUCCAGCCUUUCAGAUGAGGGUGAAGAAGCCAGAGCCAGGUACCUGUACAGGCAGUGGGUGGAAUUCGGUUUGACCAACGUUCAAGUGUCUGAUCACACAGUCCUGGUCAGCACACCUGGAUCUACACCCAACACCAUCACUGACAGGUCGAGUCAUCAGUGCUUCUUACCCACUGGUAUCUCAUGUGACCAGCGUGGACCAAUAGACGGACAGCAGCAGCAGUUCUCUUAUGCAGCCUACUCUGCAGCGGGAAGUGUCCAGGGGGAGUUGGUAGAUGUCCAAUACGGCAGUGUGGAUGAUCUGAGGAGAGCCAAAGACAUCCUAAACCUAACCAACCAGAUCGCUGUGGUCAAGCUUGGAAAAGCUCCAUUGUUGUACAAGCUGGCCCUGCUGUCCCAGUGGGGAUUUGGGGGAGCUCUGCUGUACGUGGACCCCUGUGACGCUCCCUUCAGCCGCAGCAUCUUCCAUCAGGCCUUCAGAGUCACCCUGAAUCCUGGAGGAAGCCCUGCUAUUGAUGAAGCUGGAGGAAGUCUGACAUCCCUGCUGGUUCAACCCAUCUCUGCCUUUCUGGCCAAGGCUUUAUUAUCAUCUGAGUCCAUGGGAAAUGGAAAACCCUGUGUUCCUCUGACCAUGCCGUCUAAUGCAGAGCGAAAGAAGAUAACUCUGACUGUUGGAAACCAGCUGACCUAUAAGAAGAUCUACAAUGUGGUGGGAUACCUGAGAGGACGGAAGAACCCAGAUCGCUAUGUGCUCGUUGGCAGUCGCCGUGACAUCCAGGGGGGUGGGUCUUCGGCCAUCAUGAAUCAACUUAUUGCUGCGCUGACGGAACGGACCAAAAGGGGAUGGGAACCAGACCGGAGCACAGUGUUUUGCUCAUGGGGAGGUUCUGCACUGGGGAACAUCGGUUCAUACGAGUGGGGGGAGGACAACAGCGUGGUCCUGCAGAGCAAUGCCGUGGCCUACAUCAGCCUGAACGCUCCGGUCAGAGGAACCGAGACUCUCCGAGCUUCAGCCUCUCCAACACUUCUGCAGCUUACCUCGGACAUACAGAGGAGACAACUACUGAGCUGCAUUCGUGGAGGAAACUGUCCAGGACCCAACGUCAGCUCUCUGCAGCUGCCUGGUGAUGUCAGCUUCUUUGCCAAUCAGCUGGCUGUGCCCACCAUGGAGUUCGCCUUUGAACAGACUGCAGCAGAAGAGACCACCAGUUUUCUAUCGGAGGCCCAGUUCCCUGUGGACUCUCCAGAAACCCUGGAUCCGCUGUUUAAGUUCCAUGAGACAAUCGCUAAGAUGACAGCUGAGGCGUUGCUACGGCUGGUCAACGAUCCUGUGCUGCCCUUCUACCCUCUGGAUAUCACGCUGGAUGUUCAAAACAAACUUAAAGACAUCAGUGCCGCGCCUCCUCUGCUGCUCUCCUCAGCCUCCGCUCUCAGAGACCACGCAGCUUUCUUCCAGUCAGAAAUGAUGAGGCCAGCUAACGACCCCAAAGAGCGCGACCCCGCCCACAUGCGGAUGCUGAAUGAUGUGCUGCGUGACCUGGAGAAGAGCUUCAUUUUGCCCCAGACAUCCCCUGGUGUUUUCAGGAAUCUGCUGUACACCCUUCCCGAGAAAACUGCUCAGUUUUCUGUCCUAAGCUUCCCGCAGGAGCCCCUUCUGGGAUGCAGCGACAUCAACAAAGUCCAGAAACACUCACUCUGUGGAAAAGCUGUGAACCGCUCGCUGUCGCUCCUCCUCAGGGCGGUGCAGUCGGCCGACAGGCUGGUGUGUGCCGGUCUGACUCUGUUUGAAAAUGAGUGAUUUUUGCAGCCGACAUUGAUGAGAGUUCUGUUCAUUUUAAAUGGUCAGUCUUGUAGUGUCUUUAAAUUCUGUGUAUAAAGACUUCCGACCACAAAGAGAAGGAGGGUAACUGGUAACUUUUGAAACAAACACCAAUUGGCCAGAAAAGCUCUCAGUACCCCUCUGACAAGUGGUAAAAAUGGCAAUCAGCACUUCUGAAGUGAUCGGAAAACAUUUUUUUUGUAAUGAGCUCAAAAAGAGAAAGUUCAGUUUGUAACUUGACAGCAAUGCACUUUUUUUAACUGACUAUUUUUUAAAAAAUGAAGAAAAAAUGUUUACUCUUUUUGAAAUCCUGAUUCUACAAAGCAACAGCAUCUAAUAGUUCAAUGGUGCCGUAUUUAUCUGACACAUUUUACCAACACCUGAAAUGACUCUGGAGCAGUUUCCAUCUCUUUAAUCUUACCACGGCUUAUAACAUUUUUGUUAUUUUUAAAAUGUCUAUGAAUUUCUCAGAAUAAGAAUGCCUCUUGGAGAAGAGGUUAAUUAUCCUCUAAGAUAAAAAUGCAUCCAGUUGAUUGCUUUCUUUACUCUACAUAUUUUCAACACUAUAGGGCCACCGUCAAUGACUGGUAUAUUUUUGAAGUUAUAAGGAAUACCUUACUAUCGAUUACAUUAAACAAGAGAAAAGAAUCAGAGAUAAAUCAGUCAUUAAGUCAGACUUUGUUAACUCUGCUCACAGUAACUUGCUACUAAUCAGCCACAUGAGAAGCAUUAGCCAUGUUAGCGUCACAAUACCUACUCCCAACCUUGCUUUCAACAAAUGAAAAAGAUACCGAGAUACCGUUAAAACAAACAUUAGUGUGAGUAAGCUAGCUACCAAUCUUGUUAUUAACAGUUAAUAGGAACACAGACUGACAUGGCUACACAAUGGAGCGUUAGCCACAUAGCAUAUUCAGAAAGCUACUAAACUUGCUUGCAACACAAAAAAAAAGACAUAUCACUAAAACAAACAUUUCUGUCACUACGCUAGUUCCUAGCCAUGUUAGCAACAUGUAAAAAAAAAAAUAAAAUAAAAUAGUCCACCUAUCUCCAUUACUUGUUAGAAGCUUUAGACACGUUAGCAUAUUCAGAAUACCUGUAACUCCCAACUUUGUUUGCACAACAUAAAAAAAACAGACUGAUACCACCAAAAUAAACAUUUCUGUGACUACGCUAACUUUACAGCCUUGUUGGUAACGUUAAAAAAAUCUUGAUGUCUGAAUUCCUUCACUACUGACUAUACAGUGCACUUUAAAGUCCAUUUGCAUUUUUGUAGUCUUGUCUGAAUCUACAAUUCUUAAAUCAAGUGCCAGACUCUCCGCAGAAAAACAGUGUGUAUCAAUGUUCACUAGAUUUGGAAAUAUGGACCACAAUGCAUUGCGUUUGAACAUUUUUGCAAAAACAAACAAAAAAAGGAAUUAAAUGUAUUUUUUAAUAAACCAACGUUUUCAUAACCAGAACACAAUGGAUUUAUUAGUGAGCACAAAAUCCAGGGAACUGGUCCUGCACUAUGUAGUUUUUUAGUAGUUAGGUGUUAGGGUGAAAAUUCCGAGAUAUUACAGUGUGACACUGCUACACAUUAGCCGCGUUAGCAUAUUUACAAUAUCAUCCAACCUUUUUCUGAACUCGUAAAGAAAGCAGACUUGGUCCCAAUUCCUUCUCCCUUCCCCUGCAUUUAGCCCUCCAAAUGGAGGAUUUCAUAUAAUGUGGUUAAAUAUUUUUGUCUGCCAGCAUCGAAAUUACAGAAAACUCAACCGUCAUCAUGUUGAUCAUAGAAUCAAGUUGUGCAUAGAACAGAAGAAUCUCACAGACAUUUUUUUCUCUGAAAUGGCAUGUUGAGUCCAUAAAUGCAGAGCUGCUGAAGUGUUGAAGCUGUGGACUGCCGCUCACAAUCAGAAGCCAAAUUUUUACUUAUUCCAUUGUCUAACACACUUUAACCUAAUGAGAUAUUUACAGUUUGUAGUUACUCACAUUUAAAUAUGAUUUCAUUUGACCGUACUUUGGUGAUGAACUGAAUGAGUUAUGUCCUCUGCAGCAAUCAGACGUUAAUGAAGAUGAAGCUGCCAAUGACACUGUGAAACACAGUGGAAACCUUCACACUGUCAUUUUAAACAAAUGUAAAUUCAUUUGAAAUUACCAACAGCCUGAAGGAACUAUAGACUAACAAUGGUUAACAGAGGAGCUGGAGCUCCACAAUGUUAGGUUACAUUUCCAUGACGUCCCUUAAGGUGACCAAACGAGCCUUAAGGGAAAUGAAAGUCACACCUGCGGUCGCCGUACAUGCCUUCCAUAGGCCCAGACAACCCAAAGAUCUGCAGGACCCGUACAGGUCAACCCCCUCCAUGUGACUAAGUUUAAAGAUAUCGGCCAAAAAAAUACCCUGGUUUCAACAGCUGCUUUUUUGUAUAUUUCUUUGUAUAUUGCCAGUGAAUACGUUGUUUCUGUGCUUGUUUUGAUUCUGUGUUGGAUAUAGCUGUGAAAUUGUGAAGGAAGAACUCUUUUUUUUUACUGUAAAAAAGAAAAAAAAAAGUUUUUUAUACUCAUGUCCAAACGAAGUCCUUAAGCAAUUUUUGCAACCAACAAUCAAAUUAGUCUUGACAAUUUUUUUCUAGAUCAUAAGAAUAAGUUUUAGUAUUAUUACUAUACUCGUGAACUAUUCAAACACUUCUAAAAUACAGUAAAUAAUCCCUAUUUUUUAGAAACUAACAUUUUUAGGAAAUGUUUGAUACAGAGGAUUUUGUAAACUGAAGAAAUCGCUUUUGGAUUGACAGUAUUGUCUGUGUAAAACAAUGUUCAGGGAUAUAAAGCAAAAAUACUUUUUGAUGAUUCUUACUUUGUAAACAUGGGAUACAGGGUUGUCAUCUGUGUUUUAUCAGUGUUAAAUUGCAUGUGAGUAAAAAAAAAUCUUUGUGAUGCAGUUUGUUCUUACAGAAGUGUCGGCAUUUGUGCCGCUCAGCCAUGUUGGAUGCCAAAAACGUUGAUGCUCCGCUUUAGAUGUUUAGUUUCUUCAUGUAUUUCAGUGUUAGAUGCUGUUUUAUGUUUCUACAGCUUUUCUUAGAUCUGAACCUUAUUAAAAAUGUUAGCAUGGGAUAUAGUUCUGUUAGUGUGGUAUAUAAAUAGUGUGCAAACUUUUGACUGUAUAGAGGAACUGGACUGUGUAACUCCUCUUGCGUGUUCCAAACAGGAAGUACCUGCUGACUCCAAGAAAUCAAAAUGGAAAGACUAUGAUGUUGAAUUUUUCCUUUUUUUGUAGUGGAAGUCAUUCAAGUUAUAAAUUGACCCAUCAGACACCGCAAUAAUCUCAUGAGGUCUCUGGUCGAAUGUUCAAAAUGCUGGAUUUACAGAUUUUAUUUAGCCUGCUUUCAAGCGGUAGGGGUGUGAACUUUCAACAAUCUAACUCCCGAUUGGUGAAAGUAGUUGCCAUAGAAACAACAACUCAGACUGAAUUGACAUUGGAGUGAGAAGUAAACCAUGUUCUAUAGGUGAUGUCAUACUCACUCUGUCCUGUUCUCAUUUACAGUCAAUGGUUCUAACAUAGUAUGGGUUGUUAAUGAUAAACUGUCAGGUUUACUUUUUUUUUAAUUGAAAAUGAUGAGUUUUAUUAACACUGAAGCUGUGAUGACCAGCUGAUCUGUUAUGCAAUAUGAAAUGUGUGUAUUACAAUGAGCCAGUACAAGAGACUGCUGUUUUGCUGUAUUUGCACAAAACGCUAAAACAAAAACAAAAAAAUCUUAUUUUUUAGAGUGAACUUCUGUUUAAGCAAUUCAGACAUUUUCUGAUGUUUUAUCAACUAUCUAAUUCUCCGAGGCUUUGUUUUUGAUGCAUGAAUGUGAAAUAAUAUUGCAUGUUUACUGUUGACUAUCACCACAAGCGUUUCUGAAUAUUUUUACUUGACAAAGACCGUUCAGACCUGCUUGUGUUCCUGUUAGUGUCUCAAAGAAAUCACAAAGAUAAAACCAAACAGCUGUUCCACCAAAGGGUUCACGUUUUGCUUUUUGUCUAUUUGAUUCCUUACAAUAAAUGACGACUUGGA